AUGCCCCCGGCGAUUAGUGAUGACGAGAGCUCGGAUGUCGAUGCCCAUCUGCCCGUAGCGAGCUGGCGCGACGAUGACGAUAGCGAUUCCCGUUCGGCACGACGAUCGGCAGCUGCAGCCAAACCACAAGCAAUUGAUGUCGAUGUCGAUGACGAGGAUGAGGCUGAGCCGGAAGAAAAGGCCGGCCUCGCCCAAAACGGCGAUGACGAAGACGAGGAUGAGGAGGAGGAGGGCGAGGAGGACGUGUUCAUCGUCGAGGCCAUCAAGAAACACAUGAUUGAUGAAGAUGGCUCAUUGAAGUUUCACGUCAAGUGGGAAGGCUACGACAAGAAGGCGGACAUGACGUGGGAGCCAGAAGAGAAUCUCGACGAAGGCAGGGAAUCGGCCAACGAGGUGCUCGAGGAAUACUUUAACAAGAUCGGCGGCCGCGACAGCAUCUUCCAACAGACGGCAACGGCGGCGUCGGGCAAGAAGCGCGGACGCAAGGCGGGCGUCAGCGGUUCAGCGGAUCCGACGCCGGUGAAGCGAUCGCGCAAGAGCAACGGGGCGGGCCAUCCGGGGGCGACAUCCCCGCCAGCGUCGUCAAAGCCAUGGAGCCCGCCGGCCGGCUCGUGGGAAGACGACAUUGAUGCGAUUGAUGCAUGCCAGGACGAGGGCACGGGGCAGCUGAUGGUGUACCUGGUGUGGAAGAAUGGCAAAAAGACACGGCACACGACGAGCGUCAUUUACGCCAAGUGCCCGCAAAAGCAGAGCCUCACCACCACCACCACCACCACAACCACCACCAUUGUAUUGGGCAUCAAUACAAAGAUCAUCAUCAUCGUCAUCAGCGCUGAAAGGCUACGCAUACAAAAACCACAAACACCAAUCUCAAAACAUCGGAGUGGCUCCUUUGCCCUCCAAAUCCCACAAACAGCAAUCAUGGUGCAGCGCAACCACGUCAUCGCCAUCAUCAUCAUCAUCCUCUUUGCCGUCCUCGCCGCCGUAUCCUUUGGCAUCUGGAAGCUGAUCCACAUGGUCCGUCAGGGCUGGAGCGUCCAGUCUGGCACCAGCUCCAGCUCCAGCUCCAGCCAGGAAAUUGUCGACUAG